CUCCAAGAACAACUGAUGCUCAAACAACCAGUGAACCUGACGACAGACGACAGCUCCUACAACAUGGACCCACCUGGACCUGGCCCCGGGUCUAAACCCAGACCUGGACCUGCUCCCAGCUCUGUGUCUCUGAAGAGUGACCGCUCCAAAAGCCCUCCUCCUGAGUUUGGAGAAGCUCCUCCUGAAGACCAGAGUGUGGAGAUUCUGUGUGAAGAUGCAGCCAAACGAGACUGUGUAAAACUGUUUGAACUCCACCUCUGUCCAGAAAACCACGUGGUAAAGAAGUCAAGUUAUUUAUCAAGACGAGAGCCUGAGCGCUCGGCGAGGUCUUUGUGUAUACGGAGAGAACAAAGCUCCUACAACAUGGACCCACUUGGACCUGGCCCCGGGUCUAAACCCAGACCUGGACCUGAUCCCAGCUCUGUGUCUCUGAAGAGUGACCGCUCCAGAACCCCUCCUCCUGAGUUUAGAGAAGCUCCUCCUGAAGACCAGAGGGAGCCAGGCCCAGAGGAGCAGCUGGACGCCAUAUUCAAGGUUCUGGAGGAACAGGUCCUGAGGUUUGUCCAACAGCAGCUGCAGAGGCUCCACAGGCUCCUGGCCUCAGAUUACCCAGAAUGCUCCGAGAGUGAGGAGGAGGAGAGCAGAGAGGUUCUGAACAUCACCCUGGACUUCCUGAAGAGGAUGGACCAGGAACAUCUGGCCCAGCGCCUGAGAGACAGACCUAAAUAUGGAUUCAGAGAUAAACUGAAGUGUGAUCUGCAGCAGAGGUUCAGUCGUGUGUUUGAGGGCGUGGCUAAAGCAGGAGACUCCGCCCCCCUGACCCAGAUCUACACAGAGCUCUACAUCACAGAGGGCGGAGCCUCAGAGGUCAACCAGGAACAUGAGGUCAGACACGUGGAGACGGCGUCCAGGAGACCGGCCGCUCCAGAGACCAUCACAUGUGAAGAGCUCUUUAAACCCCGCCCACAUUCACCACAGCCAAUCAGAUUAGUGCUGACGAAGGGCGUGGCCGGCGUGGGGAAAACAGUGCUGACUCAGAAGUUGAGUCUGGACUGGGCUGAAGGCCGGGCCCACCAGGACCUCCAGCUGCUGUUCCCCUUCACUUUCAGAGAUCUGAACGUGCUCAGAGACACACAGUUCAGCCUGGUGGAGCUGCUGCACCACUUCUUCAGUCCAUCCAAAGAUCUCUGCAGCUUCCAACAGCUCCAGGUGCUCUUCAUCUUUGACGGUCUGGACGAGUGCAGACUUCCUCUGGACUUCGGCCGAACCCGGGUCCUGAGCGACCCCACAGAGUCCGCCUCAGUGCACGUGCUGCUGGUGAACCUCAUCAGGGGAGCCUGCUUCCCUCCGCUCUCCUCUGGAUAACCACGCGCC